GCACCCCCCGGCCUCGCCAAGGUCGGGGUAGUCCAGGGGUCGCCCCAGGUGAGGGACCCGGGGGACCGCCCGCCCAUUACUCCGCUUCCGGACCGCCCUGCAUACGAGGAUCUAGAGGAUCUGGAGGAUCUAGCGGCGGGGAGACCGCGGAACAGCCCCCGAGAUGAGUCGUCUCUGUUUAGCUUCGUUCUCCCUUGUGUUGCACUAAAGUGAGAACAUGUGCUCAGGAUGUUGGAUUCCGUGGACAUCCCGUGGCCUUAGGGUCUGGAAGUGGCUGCCGUGCCCGCGCUCUGUGCUGUGGCUGGGCCUGCGGACCACUCCCAGGGCUUCUCAUCGCAGCCAUCUAGAGAGGUGACCGGCCACCGGGGUUAGGACACUCGUCCAAGACGCGGGGAGCCAAGGCCUUGAACUCCUCUCUCCGAGGUGGCAGAAACCCAGUCCUCCGUGAAUCUGAUUCCUGCCCCCUCACCGGCCACUCUCUUCUCUCUCUGGAUGAUGUCAGAACAGGAUCUGGCGGAUGUGGUGCAGAUUGCUGUGGAAGACCUGAGUCCUGGUCACCCAGUCGUGCUAGAGAACCAUGUGGUGGCAGACGACGACGAGCCGGCCCUGAAGCGCCAGCGCCUGGAGAUCAACUGCCAGGACCCCUCCAUCAAGUCAUUCCUGUACUCCAUUAACCAGACAAUCUGCUUACGGUUGGAUAGUAUCGAAGCCAAGCUGCAGGCUCUGGAGGCUACUUGCAAAUCAUUAGAAGAGAAACUGGACCUGGUCACGAACAAGCAGCACAGCCCCAUCCAGGUCCCCAUGGUGGCAGGCUCGCCACUCGGUGCGACCCAGACGUGCAACAAAGUGCGAUGCGUCGUCCCCCAGACCACAGUAAUACUCAACAGUGAUCGGCAGACCGCCACUGUAGCCAAGAUGGACGACCCCUUGAGCAACAGGGCGCCGGAUUCCCUGGAAAAUAUCAUUAGCAACGCGGUGCCCGGGCGACGACAGAACACCAUUGUGGUGAAGGUGCCGGGUCAAGAGGACAGCCACAACGAGGACGGGGAGAGCGGGUCCGAGGCCAGCGACUCCUUUUCCAACUGUGGACAGUCAGGAAGUCAGAACAUUGGCAACAACGUCACCCUCAUCACCCUCAACUCAGAAGAGGACUACCCCAAUGGCACGUGGCUGGGCGACGAGAACAACCCCGAGAUGCGGGUGCGCUGUGCCAUCAUCCCCUCCGACAUGCUCCACAUCAGCACCAACUGCCGCACAGCUGAGAAGAUGGCACUGACGCUGCUCGACUACCUGUUCCACCGGGAGGUGCAGGCUGUGUCCAACCUCUCUGGCCAGGGCAAGCACGGCAAGAAGCAGCUCGACCCCCUCACCAUCUAUGGGAUCCGCUGUCACCUUUUCUAUAAAUUUGGAAUCACGGAGUCUGACUGGUACCGAAUCAAACAGAGCAUCGACUCCAAGUGUCGGACGGCCUGGCGGCGAAAACAGCGAGGCCAGAGCCUGGCCGUCAAGAGCUUCUCAAGGAGAACGCCGUCGUCGUCCUCGUACAGCACUUCAGAGACCGUGUUGAGCACACCGCCCCCCGCCAGUGAGAUGCCACAGCCCCCGCCUCAGGCCCUGCACUAUGCCCUGGCCAAUGCCCAGCAGGUCCAGAUCCACCAGAUCGGAGAAGACGGACAGGUCCAAGUAAUCCCACAGGGCCACCUCCACAUCGCGCAGGUGCCACAAGGGGAGCAGGUGCAGAUCACGCAGGACAGCGAGGGCAAUCUACAGAUACACCACGUAGGCCAGGAUGGGCAGGUGCUGCAGGGGGCCCAGCUGAUAGCCGUGGCCUCUUCCGACCCUGCUGCUGCUGGGGUGGACGGCUCGCCUCUCCAGGGUAGUGACAUCCAGGUCCAGUAUGUCCAGCUGGCACCGGUGACUGACCACACCACUGCGGCUCAGACGGCUGAGACCCUGCAGCCCACCCUGCAGCCUGAAAUGCAGCUUGAGCAUGGAGCCAUCCAGAUCCAGUAGGCAGGACGGGCUGCCCAUCCACAACAGGACCUAAGACAGCCGCUGCUGCCAUGCUCAGUGCUGGCUCCAGCCAACCACCCUGUUCCACACGCGCCCUGGCCCCACGGCUUUGCACGGAGGUGACCGCACAUGUUCUGUUCAAGUGCGUCUGAGAGCCUCACCGCGGGGGAGAGUCCCAAUGAAUAGAAGGUGACAAUAACAACCACCGUCCCCACCAGAAGACCCUUGAGUCCCACUGUUGACGUCCAGAGAAAGAGCGGGGAAGCAUAGUGUGGAUUGCAUUAAGUACAUGCGGAAAAUCAAGAACUGAUAUUUUUCUCUGUUCAAACAGCUUUUUUUAAUUUGCUAUGGUGUUUAUAACAAAAAAAGAAAAUUGAAAAAAAAGUGGAGUAGCAGAAGCCUUUUGCUGUGUGCUCUGUUCAGUGUAAUGAAAAUAGGUAUUUGCAAAAGACAACUAACGAUUUUGACGGAAAUAUUGCUUACCUACUUUUCUAGGGGGAAAUGCUCUCAACACUGUUAAUUAUGCAUUUCUAAUGAAAUAAAAUGUAUUUAUGACCACA